AUGAAGUUUAUUUAUUUGCUAGUGCUGCUGCUGCCUGCAUUGGAAGCGCGUUCAGGUGUCUUCCUUACACGCCACAUACGGCAGGCAGGACGCUAUGGCAGCUCAGGCGGUUAUCGCCCUAAUCUCGCUUACGGCGGCAGCAAUCAGGGUGGCGUCAGCGCUAAUGUUGGUGGCAUUAGCAGCGGUGGCAAUGCCUACGGCAACGGUAAUGUGAAAGUGAGCGCUAAUGGCAGUGGCAAUGUGCGUCUGGCCUAUGCACCUGGCGGCGCUAUCGCUGCGCGGCCUCAUAGCGGCAUUGGCGGCUUUAAGUAUGGCGGACGCCCAUCGCCAGGCAGCGACUUUGUGGUGAAUGCGUUGGGUGCUGCUACAUCCGGCGCUGGACCGAGCGGCGCGUACUCCGCCAACCAUCCACAGACGGUGUAUAAAACUGUGGGCGGCAGCGCUGGACGCCCGCAAGCGAAUGCGCUCUAUCGCGUGGGACCAGGCGGCGCGUUGGCGAGCGGCGGCAGGCCGAUAGGCGCUGGUGGUGGCUACCAAAGUGGCUAA